AUGCGUCGGCAGUGGCUGAAACGACAUGAGCAGCGGUUGAAACGGCGGCAGCAACUACGAGAUCGUUUUAAGAUUAGUCGACUAGAAUCGGGCUCUUCGGCCGGGCCAGACGACGUGUGUGUGUCAAACCGAAACCAACCCUCGCCACGCAUCGAUGCUAUUACCACUAUGCACUGGACGAUGAAGAAUCUUGUAUUAAUGAUGAGCUACCCUGCUAACAAUAGUAGACGCGAUAGUAAAAAGUAA